AUGGCGGCCGAUAAUUUUAAAUUCCAAGACACGCAAGAAAGCAUCAUAGAUCGAAAGAGACCGUUAAAGGGCUUGUCUGGCAGCUUCUCAUCCAACAUUGGCCAGCGCAUUUCGCCUUCCAACCCCCAAGACAAUGUCAACACCUCGCAAAAAAAGAAGAACCGUUCUGUCAAAUCCAUCAUAGCUUGGCUCGAAGAGGCAUCAGCCAAUAAUGGCACAUCAAGACUUUCUGGAGACGAUAUCAAAUCAGUUCACUCAACAAUUUCAUCGACGGGUUCGAAUUCUUCGCUGCUCAGUCGACAGACCAUGCCUGGGGCGGCAGAUGUGGAGGAAUAUUCUUUGACGCUGUUGAAGUACAAGCAGUAUUAUACCGAUGUGCCACUGGGAAGAUGUCUGGACGCUCAGGAGAAGGAUAGUGCAGCAACAACAUCGAGCAAUGUACGCGUUAAUGCAUCCGAGGAG